UUACCGCAGCCACAAAGUCGUAAAUCCCGCCUAUUUCUACCAUUUACAUGCUUAAAAUCUGAUUUUAAACCUAAUUCCCUAACCUUAACCACACUGCUAACCUUACGCCCAACCCUAACCUUAAAUUAAGACCAAAAAACAACAACAAAAUCAUGCAUUUUUACGAUAGCCAGAAUUUUUGGCUGUGGUAACUAGUGGAAACUCUGAUUCAGAGGAGUAGAACGAAGCGGAUAACGGGGAGAAUGGAGACUGGUGCAACGACAAACGACACAUAGCCUAUGUCUUUACCACGACCUCGCUCAAGAAAUGAUGCACCUCUCAAAUUCCUCGCGCACCGAGGCCUUACACCGAAGUCAGAAGAUAAGGUAAAUGGCUGAAUCGAGUUGGGAGCUACUGUGCCUCUGUCUGGCCGACCAAUGCAGUGUGUAGGGACGGUCGCCCAGCCCGACGAAAACAUGAACGGAGCGGGGGAGCAGGUGGACAUCCUGUCUCCCAACUGCAUGGUAAAGGACAGAUGGAAAGUGCUGAAGAAGAUUGGUGGGGGAGGUUUUGGUGAGAUCUAUGAAGCAUUGGACCUGCUGACCAGGGAGAAUGUGGCUCUGAAGGUAGAGUCAGCCCAGCAGCCUAAACAGGUUCUCAAGAUGGAGGUGGCCGUCCUCAAGAAACUGCAAGGAAAAAAUCAUGUAUGUAAAUUCAUCGGAUGUGGAAGGAACGAGAAGUUUAACUAUGUGGUCAUGCAACUUCAGCAGGGGAGAAACCUAGCAGACCUGAGGAGGAGUCAGCCUCGCGGCACCUUCACCAUGAGCACCACGCUACGCCUGGGCAAACAGAUUCUGGAGUCCAUAGAGGCCAUCCACUCUGUGGGCUUCCUGCACAGAGACAUCAAGCCUUCUAACUUUGCUAUGGGUCGACUCCCCUCCACCUAUAGAAAGUGCUUCAUGUUAGACUUUGGCCUGGCUCGCCAGUACACCAACACUACCGGAGAGGUUCGACCGCCCAGAACUGUGGCGGGAUUUCGGGGAACUGUUCGUUAUGCGUCAGUAAAUGCUCAUAAAAACAAAGAAAUGGGUCGUCAUGACGAUCUAUGGUCGCUAUUUUACAUGUUGGUAGAGUUUGCAGUCGGUCAGUUACCAUGGAGAAAAAUUAAAGAUAAGGAGCAAGUGGGUCAGAUUAAAGAGCGCUACGACCACAGAAUGCUGCUCAAACACAUGCCUUCUGAGUUUUACAUCUUCCUGGAUCAUGUUUUAGGCCUUGACUACUUCACCAAACCAGAUUACCAGUUGCUGAUGUCGGUCUUUGAGAACAGUAUGAAGGAACAUAUCAUCACAGAGAACGAGCCUUUUGAUUGGGAGAAGGGAGGGACGGAUGGAGUGCCUCUGUCCACCAGCACGUCAACGCCCCCUCAACAGAACACACGACAGACUCCCGCCGUGAUCGGGGUGGUGAACGUGACUCUGGUUCCUGGGGAGCUGCCGAGGGAGAACACAGAUGAUGUUCUACAAGACGAGCACCUGAGUGACCAGGAGAACGCUCCACCUGCAGUACCCAGCAGGCCUGGCGAGGGGACACUUCCCCAGAUGGAAGCCGAGGCGUGGAACGACACCGACUUAAACCGCAACCAACUCAGGAUCAGCAUCAGCAAGGGGAAGUUGGCUGCGGAGGAAGAGGAGCCUGCUAGAGGGACGUGUCCUGAUGCCCUCGUGGGUGGAGCUCCCCCAGAAAUGACUGGUGCUCAGGUCUGCGCUCUGCGGUACCGGAGGAUCAACAGCCCAGAGUCAGACCGUCUGUCCGCCGCAGACGGGAGACCAGACAUCUACGACAAACGAGGGUCUCGUAUGGACAUCCUGGGAUCCCCGUCCCGCCACGUGCAGUCCUCCCAGCCAGCCCAGAUGCACUCCCUGGAGGGAGGAGGUGGGGACCGGCAGGGUGGCAGUGGUAGACCAGGUCAAGAGGUCUCCGUAGCCUCUGUGGCCGAUCCCGAGGCCCACAGUAACGCGUUCAUCCGGUCUGUACCACUCGCCGAGGAGGAAGACUUUGACAGCAAGGAGUGGGUGAUCAUCGACAAGGAGACUGAGCUCCAGGACUUCCUGGGUCUCCUGGGCCCAGGGGCUGAGCCCACCACCUCGGGGCCCACCACCGACGAGGAGCCUGAGGAGCUGAGGCCCCUAGACGAAAUGGAGGAGUGGAGGAGGUUACGGGGAGCUGGAGGUGGAGAGGUGGUGGUGAGGCCAAAGAUGCGUGCAGGAGGCAUUGGGGCGCAGCCAGAAGGGGAGGGGUCUAAUGGGGCCAGUCCUGGGUACCCAGGUUAUCACACUCUGCCUCAUAGCCGUGGACACAGACCACGGCCACAGUCGGAGUACUUUGGAGCUCACGGACAGGCCCUGGAGCAGAUCAGCCCAUACCAGGGUGGCAGAGGGGAGGACCUCAACUUCCAGGGUGUAGAGAGAGAGAGGCCUAAACUACCCACGCUGGCCCAGCAUCGCUUUCGACGGGUGGACUUCCUCUCUGCCAUGCUCACCGGCCCCGCCACCCUUCCACCACUCCAAAUCUCCUUUGAGGUUGAGCAAGAUCAGGAUGGGAAUGUGGAUGCUGUUGAGGUCGGGGCUGGGGCUGGGGCAGUGUCCAGUGGGGAUGGGAGCCCCAAGAGCAGCGAGCACAGCCAAGAGGGUGAUGAUGGAGCUCCCUCUACUCUCCUUGCAGACGAGCCUCCUCGGGAAUACCCUCGCCGGGCCUCUUCAGGAGUGGGGUUUGGUGGUGAUCCGGACCUGGAGCUGGAGGAAGGCUCCAAGACUCUGGUGCUCUUCUCCCCUGGAGACGUGAGGAGGUCCCUUGCUGUGGUGGGUGAUCUGCCCCCGGACGAUGCCGGGAGUCACCAGGGGACGCUGGCAGCCAUCACACCCCAGUGCGAGAGAGCUCUGGGACCUCUGGGAAGCCUGCUGGACGUGUCUGAGCCAGAUACUUUGUUCUCGCAGUUGAAGUCCGAGUCCAAACCGCCUUCGACAGCCAUCUCCGCCAUCCUGGUCAAUGUGGCGCCCAAUGUUGUUACUCCCACCAGCACCUCCCCUCCUUUCACCAAAGUAGAGCGGACAUUCGUACACAUUGCCGAGACUACCCACCAUAAUGUGAUGAGCUCCUCAGGGACUCUGCAGCUCAGGCUGCUGCUCCCUGGGCUGGUUGAGGAGCCCACAGAUGAACAGGAGAACCACUCGGAGGAAGAGAAAGAGCAGGAUGUCUUGGAUGGAGAGAAAGAGAGGAGCAGGGAGAGCAGAUCCGAUGUGGACCGUUCAGACUUUGAGAAGGAGAGGGAAAGUGGAUCUGAGGGCAAGGUUCCAAACAGAGACAGUGACGAGGGGAGGGAGAGUGGAUCUGAGGGCGAGGUUCCAAACAGAGACAGUGAAGAGGGGAGGGAGAGUGGAUCUGAGGGCAAGGUUUCAAACAGAGACAGUGAAGAGGGGAGGGAGAGUGGAUCUGAGGGCAAGGUUCCAAACGGAGACAGUGAAGAAGGGAGGGAGAGUGGAUCUGAGGCCAAGGUUCCAAACAGAGACAGUGAAGCGGGGAGGGAGAGUGGAUCUGAAGGGGAGUUCCAAAAGACAUACGACGUACAGAGGAGGGAGAGUGGAUCAGAAAGCAACGUCUUUGAGAAAGACGAGGAAGGGGACGAAGUGAGCAUUUUUGAGGAGGAGGAAGAGGAGAAGAGAGAGAGUAGGUCCAAGGAGGAAGAUCCCGAGAGAGAAAUCCCAGGUUCCCCAGAGAGAGACAAGGCUAAGGAGGAGGAAAAGGAUGUUGCAAAGAAAGAGGUUGAGGAGUUAAUCCCCCCAGAAAAAGAGAUGGAAGAAGAGCCGGAACUUGGGGACGAAGUCCAGCCAGCGAUCCAGUCAAACCUCUCCUCUCCCAUUCUUGGUGCCCCAGAAGAACCUGAAGCCCAGGAUAUCCUGGCCAUUUCAAUAGAAACCAAGUUAGAGUCUGAAACAGAGGACACCCCUAUUGUCGUUUUGCCUGAGAUGGAGCCUGCCCAUGUGAUGUUAGCAGAGAAGGAGAGCCAGAUCCAUCUCGAACAAAACAAUGAGGCUUCUCCACAGAAGGAAACCAAGGACCCUGGUGAUCCAGAAAAAUUGGCAGAGGCCAGCAAACAGACCAGGCCUCAGAAAAUGAGCAGAAUCCCGGUUCUCUCUCGGUCUGAGGAGGACACCAGCUCGGACCAGGACCAGUCGGCGGCGUCCCAGUCAUUCAAGUCUCAUCAGAGGGCCAAGCGACCUCACCUAGCCCGGCUGGUCAUGGAAAGGAGGCAAGGUCGCAUGCUAAGACUGGCUUCUGUUUCCUCUGCGUCCUCUGCGGAUGAUGGCUGUAAAGUUCCAGCAGAGAUCCAGUCAGAGGAAGAUACCCAUGAUGAGGACAACUAUCUGCCCAGGAAGGAGAGGGGAAUUUGGGGGGAGAGGAGUGAGGGGCGUCAAAGGAGCAGAAUACCCCGUCCUGUCACGGCUGUUAAGCUACAGGGAUCCUCUGUUACACCAUUUCAUGCUGUCUCCCAAACUGGCCCCAGUGCUAAUCUCCACAAACCCCAACUUUCAACUAUAUAUGCUAGGCAUCAAUCUCACAAAACUAGGACCCCAAGAAUAAAUGUUCCACUGCACCAGAGGUCCCAGACUCUGCAGUCCCGACCCGGACCCGGGACGAACUCCUCCUUCUUAUUAUCCACCCCCCAGACCCCCCUGCGUGGGGUCAUCUCCCGAACCCCUCUCUCUGCAUGCCCCUCCCCCCGUAGCCUCAGCACCUCCCCAUGUUGCUACUCCACUUCCCGGACCGACAGCCCCUCCCCUCAGCGCCCACGCCGGGGGGCUGCAGUUACAGAAGUCCGGAGGCAGCUCAUAUCCGUGCGGGCGCAGACUGCACUUCCGCUAAAACCCAGACCGCCUCAAACCGAUGAUUCCUCAGCCCCUGGGACGCCCAGGAGGCGAGGCAAACUUUACCCGUUGUCAUCUACAUCCAUACCCACCAAGGGGAAGUCAGAUGCUUCUGAGAGCAAGACAACCACCAGAUAAUAUAGCCUAGCUUAGUGUAUCAGGGCUAUCUAUCCACCAGAACACCCACACUGCACUUCACACACCCCUUUAUCUACUGUAUGUCAGACUAACUCCAUGACCUCAAACGUGUUUGUGCAAAAACACUAUGUUUCAACUCUCAGCUUAAGAUAACAAAGAGGGGUCUGCUUCUAAUCACAGUUAAGGCCAAGAACAAAACCAGUAAUAGAGAGCACCAGGCAGCGGUGAGACCCCCAAUGCCACAGACUAGGGAAGUGGGUGUGACCCCCAAUGCCACAGACUAGGGAAGUGGGUGAGACCCCCAAUGCCACAGACUAGGGAAGUGGGUGAGACCCCCAAUGCCACAGACUAGGGAAGUGGGUGAGACCCCCAAUGCCACAGACUAGGGAAGUGGGUGAGACCCCCAAUGCCACAGACUAGGGAAGUGGGUGAGACCCCCAAUGCCACAGACUAGGGAAGUGGGUGUGACCCCCAAUGCCACAGACUAGGGAAGUGGGUGUGACCCCCAAUGCCACAGACUAGGGAAGUGGGUGUGACCCCCAAUGCCACAGACUAGGGAAGUGGGUGUGACCCCCAAUGCCACAGACUAGGGAAGUGGGUGUGACCCCCAAUGCCACAGACUAGGGAAGUGGAUGUGACCCCCCAAUGCCACAGACUAGGGAAGUGGGUGUGACCCCCAAUGCCACAGACUAGGGAAGUGGGUGUGACCCCCAAUGCCACAGACUAGGGAAGUGGGUGUGCCCCAAUGCCCCCCCCCAAUUCCACAUACUAGGGAAGUGGGCGAGACCCCCAAUGCCACAGACAAGGGAAGUGGGUGAGACCCCCAAUGCCACAGACUAGGGAAGUGGGUGUGACCCCCCAAUGCCACAAACUAGGGAAGUGGGUGUGACCCCCCAAUGCCACAGACUAGGGAAGUGGGUGUGACCCCCCAAUGCCACAGACUAGGGAAUUGGGUGUGACCCCCAACGCCACAGACUAGGGAAGUGGGUGUGCCCCCCCCCCAAUUCCACAUACUAGGGAAGUGGGCGAGACCCCCAAUGCCACAGACAAGGGAAGUGGGUGAGACCCCCAAUGCCACAGACUAGGGAAGUGGGUGUGACCCCCAAUGCCACAGACUAUAGAAGUGGGUGUUCGUUACCUCCUUCUGCAGCUGAGGCCUCCCUGCACCUGUCUGGGAACUUGUUCCUUAGCAGGGUUUGAAUUACACAUUGACUCUUGGGGCUCUGCACGAUGAUGGUGCCCAAUGUCCAAAUCGAUUGUGUGGUGCCUGAUUUGUUAUGGGGUUCCACUAGCCUCCCCUAGCCCCCCUGUGAUUCUGACUCAGUACAGCAGCCCUCGUAUGCCUUAAUAAGACCUGUUCUAAGACCAGUUCUUGUCUACUCCUCCCAUCACUAACGCUUCCAGGGAAGAAAAAAAACUGCAACAGCAGAGCAGCAGCCUCCUCUGUUCUCACUUACUAGUUUGCUUAAAGAAGUGCUUUAAAUUAAAAUGAUUACGUGGGAUAUGAAAAUAAUAUAUUGCUAAAUUAUAGGAUGAACGUUAUUUAGGUCAGACCACGGAUAGUAGUUUAGGUAACACUUGACGUUCCUUCUUAUGAAGAGUUCUGAACUGUUAUAUUGCGUUAUAAGCGUUCAUAGCACCUUAUAGAAGUCAUGGAGCAUUAUGAAACUACAAUAAAGCAAUAAGGUACCAGAGACUGUUAUAUAUUAUGAAUAUCUCUCUCAUGCCUUAUUACUUGAUUGUCAAGUUUCACAAUGCUCAAUGACUGCAUCUAUGAGAUUAUAUUAAGGUUUUUAAAGCAUUAUAACACUUUACAAGGUGCUUUGAGUAAAGUUACCGUCAUGUAGAUAAUAAUCAGGGACUGGUAAAUCUGCAUUUUGGAAUGAAAACCUGUGCCCGACCUACUGUAUGAUAACCUCCAUAGAGUAGUAUACAGUCUCAUAAACCCCUAUGAAGGUGUUCAUUAGCCAAUAUCACACUUCGCCAGGAGCUGCUUCAAGUGCUGCUAAAUGUUUCAUGCAGUAGGCCAAUAUCUCUGUUUGAAAUAAGGGUGACGCUUUAAAUUAAGGUACCUUUAUUGUAAAGUGUUACCGAAAUAAGUGUCAUUAUUCCUCUGUCUUUUUCAUUGAGAUAGAAAAGGAUUCUGAGGGAAUCGAAAUGAAUGCAUAAAGUCGAUGUACUUGUGGCUUUGUAAUGGUCAGCAUGUGUUCUUGUCUACGUUCUUGAAACGGUUCACCCAGAAUAUGAUCAUGAGUGGCUUUUAUUUUGGAGGAGUUAAUUAGAUGUACCUGCAGAGUCCCAAAUGGCUCUUUAUUCCCAAUUUAGUGCACUACUUUUGACCAGAGCCCAUAGGGAGUAGGUUGUACCUGCAGAGUCCCAAAUGGCUCUUUAUUCCCAAUUUAGUGCACUACUUUUGACCAGAGCCCAUAGGGAGUAGGUUGCCAUUUGAGGCUCAUAGUAAAUCAGAAACACAUUUAAAGAUAGAUACUGUGGAAUGUGUCCAAAUGAACAUGAUUUCUGUUAUUGUUGUAUUAGGGAGUGUACUUUAUUUAUAAUGAGGGAUACCUGGAGGAAAUCAGACCUCUCUGAAAAGAAAAUGGAUGGCCCUCCCUUCAGUAAAAAAUAUUGCACACUUGAAAAAACACUAGUGACCUUCCCCUAUACCCAAAAUAAUUAUUCAAACAAAGUGGAUAGCAGACAACAUGCCUAAUGUUUACCCUCACUCGUAGACAGAUAGCCUUAGAUAUGCAGUUUUAGAAACUGUAAGCAUUACAUGAAACCGUUUCGUAAGCAUUACAUGGCUCAGUAGCAAGGGCGGUGGGCCAGAAGGUUGUGGAUUUGCAGACCACUGUGGACAAGAGUAGUGGUGAAAAGCUCUGCUUUAUAAUAAAAACACUGCAUGAAUCUAUCAUCUUAUUUGCAGUUCUGAGAAAAAAAUAGCCUUUUAUCAACUCAGAAGCAGAAUUUCGUCUAAUACCUCAACAGUGCAUGACAACGAAUGAGCGCAUGCUGCAGCACAGGAGACGCUUUGAUUUCUAUACGCUAUUGUUAAAAAAGAGGAUCGUCUUCAGUUUGGAACAGUGCUAAAGUUGUCUAUCAACUGUAAACAUGUAGAACAACCGAACCAGUUAUGACUGAGUAUCUGAUCAUCAAUGAAUUAGACAAAAAUGCAUUUGUUUUUUAACACAGCAGCCGCAGAUCAUCAGGUAGGCCUAUAUGCACUUGCAACUUUUUUUCAAUUGUGAAACUAUCAUUUUCUAAUUCAUUCUAUUUUAUUCCGUUACAUUCCUGUUACAAAAUAGACAUGCAUAGCUCACCGCAUGAUCCUCAAACCAAAGACGGGCCAAACUCAUGUUUCUAAAAGUCAAUUCAAAGGCACUGUAGAAUGACAGUGUAGCCCAAUUAGGAAUUUUUUGUUUCAUUGAUAUUUCAUUCUAAGUAAUUAUUUUAAACAGCCUUAAUGAAAAAUGUAUAGGCAUGUUGUUAAAGUACUGUUGUUGAUGUGCUGUUGAAAUGCUGACCACUCCUGCCUGCCUGUAGCUUGUCACAAAUCCUUCACAAUGUAUUUCUUAAAUAGCAUACUAGACCCUUAUACAGAAACCCAGGUGAAAACCCCAAACAGUAAGCAAUGCAGAUGUAAAAGCACGGUAGCUAGGAAAAACUCCUUAUAAAGACUGGAACCUAUGAAGAAACCUAGAGAGGAAUCAGG